AUGAACCCGCUCCUCGCGGCGGCCAAUCACGCGCAUUCGAGCGCCGACGAUGACAAGCUAUCAGACUAUGUCCCGGACUCGCGCGACCUGUCCAUGUCGCGAGCUGCAUCCGCAUCAGGAUCAGAGAAGCACCACAUCAAUACUCGAACUGCGACGCCCGAGGACGAUGGCGAGGACGAGUUGAUGGACUCGGACGAUGAGCUCGACGAGGAUACCAUUGCAGGCGGCGAGUCGGCUGUGACGCCAGCAGCAAAGCGCCGACAGGAGCAGACCGCCGCCCGCAAGGCCGCCGCGUUGCAACGCAAAGCGCACAUCCAGGACAUUAGCCAGAAGCGCAGUGCCAUGGAGAAGGCGAAGCUUGCCGACUCGAUGAAACGUUUCAACUACCUCCUUGGCCAGACUGAGCUUUUCCAACACUUUGUCGACCUCAAGAGGCAGCGCGAGCCCGAGUUCGCGGCUAUGCUCGACGAGCAGCUUGCCAAGACCUCCAAGGACAAGAAGAAGGCCAGUGACAACCGCCAUCGCAAGUCUGAGAAGGAAGAGGAUGAGGAGCUACUGAAGGACGAGGAUGCUGAGGACGACGCGUUUGUGUUUGAGGAGAGCCCAGCAUACGUCAAAGGCGGAAAGAUGCGUGACUAUCAGGUGCAGGGCCUCAACUGGAUGGCCGCGCUGCAUCACAAUGGCAUCAAUGGCAUCUUAGCAGACGAGAUGGGUCUCGGCAAGACGCUCCAAACCAUCUCGUUCCUGGGUUACCUCAAAUUCCACAGCGGCAUCAGCGGGCCUCACCUCGUCGUGGUCCCCAAGUCGACUCUGGACAACUGGCAGCGAGAGGUCCACAAAUGGGUGCCAGGGUUCCGUGUGCUGGUGCUUCAAGGUACCAAGGAGGAGCGUGCCCAGCUCAUCAACGAUCAGGUCCUCACCCAGAAGUUCGACAUUCUCAUCACGUCGUACGAGAUGUGUUUGCGUGAGAAGUCGACGCUGCGCAAGUUCAGCUGGGAGUACAUCAUCAUCGACGAGGCGCACCGUAUCAAGAACGUCGACUCGCUGCUCAGCCAGAUUAUCCGCACCUUCACUUCCCGCGGCCGUCUCCUGAUUACCGGUACCCCGCUCCAAAACAACCUGCACGAGCUGUGGGCACUGCUCAACUUCAUCCUUCCCGACGUCUUCUCGUCCAGCGAGGACUUUGACGAGUGGUUCCAGUCCAAGGAGGGCGAUGAGCCGGACGCGAUUGUCAAGCAGCUCCACAAGGUCCUGCGUCCCUUCCUCCUGCGCCGUGUCAAGUCCGACGUCGAGCACUCGCUCCUUCCCAAGAAGGAGAUCAACCUCUACGUCGGCAUGACUGAAAUGCAGCGCAAGUGGUACCGCAUGCUCCUCGAGAAGGACAUCGAUGCGGUAAACGGCGCUUCCGGCAAGAAGGAGGGCAAGACGCGUCUGCUUAACAUUGUCAUGCAGCUGCGCAAGUGCUGCAACCACCCAUACCUCUUCGAUGGCGCCGAGCCAGGGCCUCCCUACACUACCGACGAGCAUCUCAUCGACAAUGCCGGCAAGAUGAUGAUCCUGGACAAGUUGCUCAAGUCGAUGCAGGCAAAGGGCUCGCGCGUCCUCAUCUUCUCGCAGAUGAGCCGUGUUCUCGACAUCCUCGAGGAUUACUGCCAGUUCCGGGGCUUCAAGUACUGUCGCAUCGAUGGAAACACUGCCCACGACGACCGCAUCAGCGCCAUCGACGAUUACAAUGCCCCGGACAGCGAGAAGUUCAUCUUCCUUCUCACCACCCGUGCCGGUGGCCUGGGUAUCAACCUAGUCACUGCCGACAUCGUCGUACUCUUCGACUCGGACUGGAACCCGCAGGCCGACCUGCAGGCCAUGGACCGUGCCCACCGUAUCGGCCAGACCAAGCAGGUCUACGUGUUCCGCUUCAUCACACAAGAUGCCGUCGAGGAGCGUAUCCUGGAGCGCGCCACGCAGAAGCUCAAGCUUGACCAGCUAGUCAUCCAGGAAGGCCGAGCGCAGCAGAAUCAGAAGGUCGGCUCGAACAAGGACGAGCUGUUGGACAUGAUUCAACAUGGCGCUGAGAAGAUCAUUAACAGCUCGAUGGACAUGAUGGUCGACGACGGCAUUGACGACAUCAUCCGGCGUGGCGAGGAAAGGACGGUCGAGCUCAACAAGAAGUACCAGGGCCUUGACCUCGACGCGCUCAACAACUUCCGCUCCGAGAGCCUGAUCAACCAGUGGGAGGGCGAGGACUUUGCAGCCAAGCGCAAGAACCUGAUCUGGAUCGAGCCCGCCAAGCGUGAGCGCAAGGGUAACUACUCGAUCGACCAGUACUACCGUGACAACAUGAAGACGGGGCCGUCCAAGCCAGACAAGCCCAAGGUCCCGCGCCCACCCAAGCAGGUCCACAUCAACGACUUCCAGUUCUACCCUCCACGCCUCAAGGAUCUUCAGAACCGCGAGCACAACUACUACCUGAAGGAGCAGAAUUAUGUUGCUCCACUGCGCGAGCCUGAGGAAGGCGAGACGGCCGAGGACACCGAGGCCGAGCGCCAGGAGAUGCAAGAGAAGAUUGACAAUGCGGAACCAUUGACCGAGGCCGAGAAGGAGGAGAAGGAGGAGUUGGCGGGCGACGGGUUUGCCGACUGGCAGCGCCGGCACUUCCUGGCCUUCAUCAAGGGUAUGGAGCGGUACGGGCGCGACAGCUUUGACAAGGUCGCGGCGGACAUGCAGGACAAGACCGAGGACGAGGUGCGCGAGUACGCAGAGGUCUUCUUCGACCGCUACGUCGAGCUCAAGGAUGCGGACAAGUACAUGGCGCGUAUCCGUGCCGGUGAGGAUAAGCUGCGCGAGAACGUCGACAAGAUUGCCGCGCUCCACAAGAAGGUCAAGUCCUACAGCUACCCGAUGCAGGAGCUGCGCGUGCAGUACGGCCAGAACAAGGGCAAGAGCUACAGCGACGAGGAGGACCGCUUCCUGCUCGUGCGGAUGCACCACCACGGACUCGACCGCGACGACUGCUACGAGCUGAUCAAGCGUGACAUUGGCGAGUGGCCACUGUUUCGCUUCGACUGGUUCUUCAAGAGCCGCACGCCCGAGGAGCUGCGGCGCCGUGGACAGACGUUGCUGCUUUGUCUUAUGAAGGACCAGGCCGACGACAAGCCCAAGGGCGGCAGGAAGCGCGCUCUGGACGACGUCAAAUCAAACGCAGCGAGCCGUGACACGACGCCAGCAACUGAUAUGCGAAAGAAGGCGAAGAAGUAG